AUGUUUCGACUGAAAACGGCAGACUGCAUCAACCGAAACUUCCAGCACAUCCCUAGAAAUCUCGAUGCAGAUUUGGAAGUUCUGAAAAUGUCGUGGAACAACGUGGCGACCUUGCAGGAGGAGGACUUCAGUAAUUACCCCAACCUCUACGAGCUGGUUCUUUCCAACAACAGGGUUGGAUACAUCUAUCCAAACACUUUCGACAAUUUGAAACUCGUCAGAAUAAUUGAUCUUGAAUCUAACAAUUUUUUUCAAAUCAAAGAAUAUUUUUUCUCAAACUUAUUAUCUUUAAAAAGUUUGGUUUUAAAAAACAAUCCCAUUGAGACGAUCGAGAAAGGCUCUUUUAGAAACCUUCUUAACCUCGAAGUUUUGAACUUGGAAAGAUGUCAGCUGAAAAUUUUUGACGGUUAUCUCAUGUCGGAUUUGAAAUCUCUACAAGAACUCAAUCUCAACAACAACAACCUCACCACCCUACAUGAAAACUCUCAACAUUUCGUACCAAAAACAAUUUCGGUCCUAAGGUUAGGUGGCAAUCCGUGGAGAUGUGACUGCGGGUUGAAAUGGUUGAAACAGCUGCUCGACUUAUCGUCGCUAAAUUGGAACUUUUCGAAAAACUCGCCGACAUGCAGCAGUCCAGAAAUUUUGAAAGAAGUGGCCUGGGUGCAGCUGAAGCACCACCAGUUCACGUGCGCCGCUCGC